AGUGACAGUCGUGUAAUCGCUUUACAUCACCGAAGAUGGGUUACGAAAUUAAGUUUUAACGAUACGAAAAUAUUAUAUUUUUAUACUUAGCAUGAUAGAAUGUCUUAAAAUGUUCCAGAAUAAUAAUUUAUAUUGCAUCUUGUUAUUUUUAUAGUAUUUUAUAGUUAUUUAAAAAAGUGUAACCUCCAUUAUGUUUGCUCAAAAUUCAUAUUACCAUAUAAAUUCUAUCAUAAAAUAUCCUUGGAAGCAAUGUAAACAGUGCAUAAAACUACUAUCGUCUCAAGUUUUGGAGCAUAACGUUGUUAAUGAAGGUCCUUGGAAUUUGUACACGGAAAAGGUAGCCAACAAAAUUUUAAGUCCAGAUACUCAUCAAGAAAAGGUUGUGCAGCAUCUACAAAAAGUUUAUCAAGAAGUAACAACGUUUAAUCGACCUACAAUACAAUCACCGCAGAAUGCCUUAUUUAGAUUUUUUAAGAGAAAAGAACCGGAAAAGAUUAUAGCACCUAAAGGCCUUUACAUAUAUGGAAGUGUAGGAGGAGGUAAAACCAUGCUAAUGGACCUAUUUUAUGAAACAGUGCCCAUUAAAGAAAAACUUAGAGUGCACUUUAAUUCAUUCAUGUUGAAUAUACAUUCAAGAAUUCACGAACUGAAGAUUCAAUCAGGAAAAGGUGCAAGUUCCUUUAGAGAUGAGGCCUCAAAACCUUUUGAUCCAAUACCUCCAGUGGCCGCUGAUAUCACACAGGAGUCAUGGCUUAUCUGUUUUGAUGAAUUUCAAGUAACAGAUAUAGGAGAUGCAAUGAUUCUAAAGCGACUGUUCACUCAACUCUUUGAUAAUGGUUGUGUUAUCAUAGCAACAAGUAAUAGGAAGCCUGAUGACUUAUAUAAAAAUGGUUUGCAAAGAUCAAACUUUCUUCCUUUCAUACCUAUAUUAAAGGAGCACUGUUCAGUUAUACAAUUAGAUUCCGGUAUAGAUUAUAGGCUAAGGGGCUCUGGUAAUAAGUAUAGUAAGUUUUUCAUUAAUAGUGAACUGAAUGAAGAUAAUAAUGCUGUCGAUACCCUUUUUAAAUAUCUUGUAUCAAUGGAGACUGAUACUGUUAGACCUAGAGUUAUCAACAUCAUGGGAAGAAAUGUGAAGUUUGCUAAAUCCUGUGGCAGAGUCCUGGAUUCAACAUUUGAAGAGCUAUGUGAUAGGCCACUGGGUGCUAGUGAUUAUCUUGUGAUAUCAAAGACGUUUCAUACUGUGUUCAUAAGGAAUCUUCCACAACUAUCUAUAAUGAAACAUAGAUCUCAGCUUCGUAGAUUUAUUACCCUUAUUGACACCUUGUAUGAUAACAGAGUUAGAGUUGUUAUUGUUGCGGAUUGUGAACCAAAAGAUCUCUUUAGAAUGGAGGAAAAAGAUGAAUUUGGGGAUGCGGAUAGAGCUCUUAUGGACGAUUUGAAGAUAACUAAAGAUUCGGAUGAUGCCAAGGCAGCCAUAUUCACUGGAGAAGAAGAAAUGUUUGCGUGUGAUAGAUGUCUUUCGCGUAUCAUGGAAAUGCAAACAGAUGAAUAUUGGGAUAAAUGGGGGAAGAACGUCAACUGAUUGUAACAAUAAAUAUAGUUAAUUUAUAAAACCCGACUGACCGGAGGAUCACUAUAAAACAAAUAUUCAUAAUUCUUUAUUAAUUAUAAAAUAAUUUAAAGCAACAUCAGCCUAUUUGUGGUGCUAUCUGGCAUCAGACUAUUGCCAUGAAGUAGGUUAAGCUUACUCGGAAUGGUAAAUAUUUUUCCAUUAUCUUUUAACACAAAAAUCACAUAUGUUUAAAAUAGGUACUAACAAUUCAAAAUUCAAAUCAGUCAAGUUGUUUUUGGAACAGAUGAACGAAUACACAUAAGCCUUAAUUCUCUUAAUGGUCAGUCGGGUAAAAUAUCCUUAGUAAAUGUGUUCUUUAUCUUAGUCAAAACUAACCAUUUAACAUAUCUUAAUAUUGUACCUAAUGUUUUGUCGUUUUUGUAAUAUAGCAAUAGUGUUGAGUACCAUUAGUACAAAGAAACAUUAUUAGGUAAAUAGUUAAUGCAGUAUUAACAGUCAUUUCCAACGUAAUUAGAGAUUUGUUAUUUAGUGUUAUAUAUUUAUUAAAAAGUAGUCUUGUAUAGUAGAAAAUAGAUGUUCGAUGAAAUUGUUUUCGUAUACAUUUUUUUUUAAUUUAUUCUCGAUCGCACAACGAGGUACUAUGUUCAUAUUAAUUUGUUAUAUACUUGUGUACAAAUAAAUAAAAGAAAUGUUUUAUA